AUUUUCGCGGCUCGUGGCAGUAAAUUGAAUGCAAUCUUUGUCCGAUAAGCAGCUUUAAUUUUCGAUUAUAGUUUAAUUUAUAAGAAUUGAUGGGUGUUCGGUAUGUUUUUUGGUCGUUUUGGGUUUAUUGGUUGUAUUGUCUUGGAGUUUCCGGUAUUCCAAUAAAUAUAGAUUCUAUUUCGCAUAAGGACGAAAACCUGGAUGGAAUUAACUGGGACGUACUAACUGACAAACUUGAGGGCUACGAAGUUGCAACACAAAAUAUAAUACUUCAAGAAAAAGAUUGGUUAAGGGCCGCGAAUUCAUUAUGUGAUGCCGCCGCUCAAGAAAAUGGAGUUACCGCAAUUUUCGGCCCAGAAAAUAAAGAUCUUGCCAGCGCUAUUGAUUCUGUAGCUUCUUAUAUUGGAGUACCUUAUAUCCACACUGAUUGGAUGCCAAGACAUUCAAAACUGUCUGAGAGUACUCUAAAUUUUUAUCCCGAGGCUACUUUAUUAUCACGUGCUUAUGGUGCCAUAAUAGAAAGUUUAGACUGGGCCACAUUCGCCAUAGUAUAUGAAAAUGAAGAGUCUUUAAUAAAAAUGCAAGAAGUUAUAAAAUUACAAGAGCACGAAGCGAAAAUAAAUAAAAAUAAAAUAGUUUUAAAAAGAUUAGAUGAAAACGGCGACAACAGGCACGUUUUCAAGGAUAUAAGAAACACUUCAAUAUUCUGCAUUGUUCUGGAUUGUAGUUCGGAACGGAUAAUCGAGGUUCUAGGACAGGCUAAAGAAGUUAAAGUUUUAGAUGACCUCAACACAAAUAUUUUUAUUACUUCACUGGAUGCCCAUACGUUGGAUUAUACUAGCCUACAAACUAAAGCAAAUAUUACAACAGUUCGUUUAUUUGAUCCUACAUCGUAUCAUGUACAAAAACAAGUUAUUCGAUAUUACCCAGAAAUUUCGCCUCAACAAUUAACGGUGAAAAUGGCACUUAUGAACGACGCAAUGCUUCUGCUAGCGGAAUCUCUUAAUGCCCUUAAAUCAACACAUGGCGAGGACGAAAUUGUUUACGAGCCCUUGUUUUGUAACGCUGCUGAAAAAUACAGCGAUAAAUAUGGCUUGAUGUCAAAAAUGCACGAGACUGAGAUUGUUGGAGGAAUAACAGGAGAUUUCAUCUUAAAAGACGGAAUAAGAGAACAAUUCGAACUAAGCAUCAUCCCUAUCAACAACAUGGAUAAACCUAUUGGUAUCUGGAACGCUGAUAAUCCAAACGUAGUUUUUCUGACACGUAAUGCUACUGAACGAGAAGCAGAAUUACAAAAGAGACUGCAAAGUCAUAAUUUUAUAGUGACUUCUAGAAUUGGUAGUCCAUAUUUAUAUGAUAGGAAAGAUGCAGAAGCAGUCGGCAAUGCAAGAUAUUAUGGCUAUUCAAUAGAUUUGAUUGCGGAGAUUGCCAAAUUGUUGAAUAUCACUUUUGAAUUUCAAAUUACCAAGGAUAAUGCGUAUUUAAAUUUGCAAAAAGAUCUCAUCGAAAGGAAAGCCGAUUUAGCCAUUUGUGACUUUACCAUAACACCUCAAAGAAGAGAGGUAAUUGACUUUAGUAUGCCAUUCAUGAGCCUGGGCAUUGGAAUACUGCAUAAAACCGUUACUGAAGAUGAAGAGGUCAAACUAUACGGUUUCCUGGGACCACUAUCCUCGAAAGUGUGGUUUUAUAUUGGUGCUUUGUAUCUGUUUAUAUCGUUUGUUUUGGUACUUAUUGCAAGGAUGUCUACGGAAGACUGGGAGAAUCCUCAUCCUUGCGAACAGAGCCCUUCAGAACUUGAAAAUAUGUGGGAUCUUAAAAACUGUUGCUGGCUCACUUUGGGAUCAAUUACUACUCAGGGAUGUGAUAUCCUACCAAAAGGUGGGUUUACCAGACUAGCAACAGCAAGCUGGUGGUUCUUUUCCUUGAUUAUAACUAGUUCCUAUACAGCAAAUCUAGCUGCCUUUCUGACCAUGUCAAAAAAAGACGAUUCUAUAAAGACUGUAGAAGAACUAGCUACACAAUCUAAAGUAAAAUUUGGUUGUCUAAACGGUGGCGCAACAGCCAGUUUCUUCCAGUACUCCAAUAAUAGUUUAUAUCAAAGAAUGUGGAAUACCAUGAUCAAUGAAAAACCUUCUGUUUUUGAAGAAAGCAACCUUAAGGGCAUGGAAAGGGUUCAAUCGACGAAAAACGCUCUUUAUGCAUUUUUCAUGGAGUCUACUGGCAUAGAAUAUGAAAUGGAAAGAAAAUGUGAAUUGAAACGUAUUGGUGACUUACUGGAUUCCAAAUCGUAUGGAAUUGGAAUGCCAAUGAAUGCUGAAUAUAGACAUUCAAUAAACGCAGCUGUACUGAAACUCCAGGAAACUGGAAAACUAGGAGAGUUGAAGGAAAAAUGGUGGAAAAUUGAGCGUGAUGGUGAACCAUGUCCACCUGAAAUUCCCGUUAAUACUGAUGCUCUAGCACUUGUCAAUGUAGGUGGAGUUUUCAUAGUCUUAGGAGUUGGUAUCGCACUAGCAUUCUUCAUAGCAACAUUGGAGUUUCUAUGGAAUACUUAUAAUGUUGCUCUUGAGGAACAUAUUACCUAUUUGGAAGCCCUCAAAAUCGAGGUAAGUUUCGCCUGCAACGUUUUUGUUACAGAAAAACGCGUCAAGCCUUUGAUAUCUGAAACCUCAUCGGCAAAAUCGAAAAAUACUGAUGAGACCAAGACCAAAAAUGGUCUUUUGCUCGGAGCAGGAUCAUUUCUGAAUGUCAAUGCCAGUAUCAUUAAUAGAAUUGGUUCUAUUUCAAACGUAGAAGAGGCUACUCUUCACAGUGCAAAGUCUGAAUCAAAACAAGGUACCUACCUAGUUAAUUAAUUUAAGAAAAGUAGUUAAAUUAGUUUGAGAAAUAAUGACCUAACAACUGUUAUAUCAUUCCAACAAAAAUGGGUGCACCUCUACUUAUCUGUUAAAUUGAAUUUCAAAUAAAACCUCGAACAUAAUAUGUUUUUUAUUUCUUUUGACUGACCUUUCAUAAACAUAAUUUACUUAAAAAUAUAAUCAUACUAUUGUAAACCCUAUUUUGAGUUUCAUAUAGGUAAUUGAAAACUGAGAUCUAGUCGUCCAUCUACAAACCCUCCUUGCGCUUCUUAAGCCUCUCCUGCAAGUUAUCACAAGCAGCUUUGUCUUCAAUUUGAUCAGCUGGACAAUUUAACUGUAUUUCCGUGACGAGGCAGUAUGCCAAAUUGACGCCUGCUUGGAGACAAAUUUUGAGACCUUCGGUGUUAUAUUCAACCGGGUUUGCAUUGGCGGCUUUGACUUCAGUAACGCAACUGCUGACGAUUUUUUCCACAUGUGGUAGCAACCAGGAUUCUUUGGCGAAAGUUUCCCUAAGGAAUUUGGAAAUUGAAUCAGCAUUCGGUGUACCAUCUCCAGUUACCCAGCCCGACUUCUCAGAGACGCAUUGUUG